GUUGAAUACUCAAGUUAUAGAGCUGCAAUGGAGCAGAAAUUGCGAGCGAUAAACACAGAGGGACUAACAAUAGAGUUAGGUAUCGGCAAAUUGGAAGAUGAGUACCCAAACGAAUGCUUUCCAGUGAAGUUCAAGCCAAGGAACGGUAAAGCUAAAUAUAGCAGAUAUGAAGAAAUUGACGAGAAUUUAUACGAAGAAACUGCGAAAAUGGUAUGCUUUUAUACCUCUGAAAAAAGACUUUUCUACUGGAUCAAAGCAUGUAACAUUCUUUAUUAUGACAAUGUUAGCAAUAUUGAGGGUAUUGACGUGAAGUGGUCGGACAAUCCCCAAACAUGGGAAGAUCCCAAUGGCGGGAACUCUAUUACAAUAGAACUGCUUGAUCAAGAGAACUUGCUUUAUAAUGUAACAAUUUUCAUAUCAACUGGGACAAUACGAGUACAGGGACAUUAUUAUCAAAUGUUCUCUAGACACCACUUUCCAAUCCUAAAGGGAUUGGUUUCCCAGAUUACCACAAGAGCAGAGGAAACUCGAGAGGAAACUCGGGUAAAAGAGGUUACAAGCAGCACCCCAAUACAGUACAGUCCUGAACCAGCAUUAAAUGUCUCGCAUCUGAAAGUACUACAGAGCACCCUGAUACAAAGCAUUGACAAACUACAAAUUAGUAUUGAAAACAAUACGUCAUCCAUUAUUGAUGCUAUAUCAAAAACAUGUGCAGAGAAAAUAAUAAAAACAACAAAUACAGAGUCAUUACAACAGGAUAAUAUUGUAUUGAAAUCACAGUUACAGCAAGAGAAAGAAGCCUUCAUCCUGAAGUCUAGACAGCUUGAAGAAUCAUCUAAACAUCUUAAACAAAUGUUGUCAGAUACACGUGAUGAGUUAAAUCGUGCCAACUCACAAGUUGAAUAUUUAUCAAACAAAUUAUCUAAUCAAAGAGAAGAACUAGAGGCACUGGAUACUAGCAACAGGGAGCUGAAAUGCAAACUUUCAGAGGUCCAAGAUGAACUCAUCAACAUGAAAAGUGGUAUUUUGUCAGAAUCUACUGCGAGAGACAAUUAUAAAACAGUCGGUGCCAGUUCUAAUGAUAAUGAGCAGAUUUUACCUUCUGUACUUCUCCUGGGGACUUCCAAUGUUCGAAAUAUCAAUGAAAAAGUCCUAACAUCCGCUGUUUCCACCACGAAAUAUGUAACCUACACAAUUGAGGAUGCAACAAAAUUCAUUGGUAGUUGUACAUCAACUUACAAUGCAAUUAUUCUACAUAUUCUCACCAAUAACAUAAAAAAUGAUGAGCCUAACGAAUGUGUUACCAAGUUACAAAAGCUUGUUGCGGAAAUCAAGACGAAAUGGCCGGCAACUAAGUUGAUAUUAUCCUUGACAACACCCAGAAACGAUGGUCAUCAAACAGCAAGCCAGCUCGUAAACGCUAUGGUAAAACAGCAGCUACUGCUGGAGAAGGAGGAAAAUGUAUCGUUUAUUGAGCAUCACAACAUGUUUGAUGUCAGUGGUGGUGGACCCAACCUUUCCCUACUAUCAGAAGAUGGAUAUCAUUUGAAUGAAAGAGGUGUCUCUAAACUCGCUGUUAAUCUUCGUAAUGCAAUUCACACCACAUUGAAGCUGGGGUUACCUGUAAAUAACCAGUUCAACAGAAGUAGAUCGCGACAAAAAAAUCGUUUCCGUGGAUUUCCAAGAGGUCGUGGUUCAUACGGUCGUGGUUCAUACAACAAAUAGUCAACUCUUUUGCUGAUACUUGUACAAUAAUGAUAUGCAAUAUAAAUUUAACUAUUGUGUUAACAAGAAACGGUAUUCAUUGUAGUACCUUUAGUUAUGUAAUGUUUACCAGUAGCUCUAUAAUUUAGAUGUAUAAAUGAAUUGUACUUGAAUUACGUGUAAACCUGUAAUGCAUGUAAAGAAAUCCUUAAAGAUUGGAAUGUUAUAUGUUGGUAGCCUAAUU